AUGCAGCAGCCAACGGCACAACAACCACCACCACAAACAACAACAGACGUCCUGGACCCCACAGCUCAGUAUAUGAAGCGUCGGAGGACAGCGUUAUGGGUGACCAUCUCCCUGUUGUCUCUGUCUGUGGUGGUUCUGGUGGUGGGACUGGUCUCUGCCACCCGUACUGGGAACGUGGCUGUCGCUGGAUACUACCCUGGCAUCACCCUCAUGGCAGCCAUCAUCUUCAUCAGUAUGGGAGUCAUCGCUUCCUUCUUCUGUGCCAUCGUGGACGGAAUCAUCGCGGCUGAGUUCAUAGACAGUAGGCCUCUGCUGGAGGACAGGUGUGAGUUCUACGCCAGUGGAUCAGGGUACGCCUACGACAACUAUUAUACUGAGGUGAUGUGCAGCUCAUUCAACAGUGAGUGUAAAGUGAGAAUGAAGAGCAACACCUGCUACUGCUGUGACCUGUACAACUGUGAGAGUCCAGACUACCAUACCCAUUACUAUGAGUUCACGGGGGUGAGUAGCUGCUGGGAUGUGGUCCAUCUCCAUCGUCUGCUGUGGGCCUGUGUGGUGCUCAACAUAAUGGGCCUGUUCCUGGGAAUCAUCACAGCUGCUAUACUGGGGGCUUACAAGGACCUGGUGGGCACACACACACACACACACACACACAUACACACAUACCUAGAACACACGUCUGUUUGUUAG